UUAAAAUAUGAGCUAAUGGCCUUCCUGCCUGCCUGCCUGCCUGCCGCGCCAGCACGUUUCGAGGCAUGGGGCAGAGCCUCCGGCCCGCCCGCGCCACCUGAGGAUCCCGGAAGCCGCCCCCGCCAUGGAAGAGGACCAGGAGCUGGAGAGGAAAGCGAUAGAAGAGCUGCUGAAAGAGGCAAAACGUGGGAAAACAAGAGCAGAAACAAUGGGACCAAUGGGCUGGAUGAAGUGUCCUCUUGCCGGGACAAAUAAAAGAUUUCUAAUUAACACAAUUAAGAACACACUGCCCUCCCACAAAGAGCAAGACCACGAACAAAAAGAGGGCAGCAAGGAACCAGCGAAAAGCCAGAGCCAAAAGGAGGAAGGGCGCCAGAAGCACCGGUCUCACCCGUACAAGCACAGCGUCCACGCCCGGCGCUCGCCGCGGGGGAAGCGGGGUAGCCACGAGAAGUCGCAGACACGGUCCAGCAAACGGUGAGGUGGGGGCGCGGGGCCCAGCGAGACCCUCCCAGUGCCCAGGCCUGGGGUGGUGCGGAGACACCAGGACGGGUUUACAGCAGGGCCUCCGUCCUGAUGGCGGACAGUCACCCGAGGCUCCACGAAGGAAGGAGCACAGCGACAUCCCGGCAGGCUUAAGCGGCUUUGGCGGUGUAAUAUACAUUCAUCUGGGUUUUCUUCUGUCUUGUUUGGAAGUUGGUUUCAAAAUAAAUCUAGAACUUACAAGUUU